AUGGUUUCCUCCACCAGGCAGUCUGCUCGUCUCGCCGAAAAGGGCGACAACGAGCCGACGGUCGAGCAGGAGCAGACCUCGCCCAAGGGUACCAAGCGCAAGGCCGAUGCGGCUUCACCCACCAAGGGCCGUGGCGCAAAGAAAGCCGAGCCCGAGAAGAAGCAAAAGACCCUGGAAGAAACCAUUGAAGGUACCGGUGCUCCCGAUGAUAUCGAUAUGAUCGAGGCGGGCAAGGCAGUCGAAGGCAUUGAUAAGAAGGCCGAGAGCAAGGGUGAGGAGGCGGAUCAGAACGGCAAACAGAUCUCGGAUGAGAAAGAAGCUGCCAAACCGGAGGGCGAGGCGCCGGGCUCCACCAAAACGGGCAAGUACCCGUCGAGUGGUGCUGUCAAGGAAGACACCGAGCGCGAGCAAAAGAUUCCCACCAGCAUUAUUGAAAAAGGUGUCAUUUACUUCUUUACCCGAAAGCGCGUGGGAAUCGAAGAUGCCGAAGGCCCGGAGGACCUGCAGCGGACAUACUUUGUCCUUCGGCCUGUUCCCAAGGGCACCAAGCUUGAAGCAGCACCGAUCGAGGACAGCGAGAACAAUAGGCUGUUCGCGCUUCCGAAGAAGGUAUUCCCGAAGAGCCACAGCGAUAGGUUCAUGGCAUUCGCCGAGAAGGGCAAGAUCACCAUCAAAGAUCUCAAGGAGACUUUCUUUGCGGGUGCCACCCACGAGACAAAGACUCAGGGCACUCGCGAGGUUCCUCCAACAACUCCGAUUGGCGAGGGUGUCUACGCAAUCACGGACACCGGAAGGAGCUCCCAUCUUGCCUACAUGCUCACGAUUCCGACUGAGAUCGGUGAUGUCCAGAAGGAACUGGGUCUCCGGAACCAGGGCAGUUUCGUCAUGAGUGUCAAGAACCCGGAGAGAAAGGGACCUGCCAGCGCCCAGCUCCCGCAGGGCCCCAAUUUCCCGAAGGAGAUUAUCGAGGAGUUCCGUGGCCUUGCUUGGGUGUCGGCGAAGCCGCAAUACCUAAGUUACGACAACGUUCAGAUCCUGCUCAUCGGAGAGGGCACGGACGACAGUUUCGGACACGCGCUCGAUCCCAAGUCCAAGGACCAGAGGGAGGGCAAGGAAGAGCCACGGGAGGAGCUAGAGAAGCUAGAGCAUGAGGAUGAGCUGCGGGUCGAGCACCUUCACGGCAACGACACGGUCUUCGAUGACUUGAAGCUCAGCAAGAACGAGUUCCCCCAGGUUCCCACCACUUGGUGA